AUGCCAGAGUACAUGGAUGGUGCUGAGAAACAGACUUCAUCACUUGCACCGGCGGCGCCAGAAGAACUUAUGUGGAGGUACCUUACGCAUGACGGACAGAGGCAUCACUGCGUUGACUUGGACUGGACUUGCUUUCUCAUGGAUUACCUUGGGCAUCGUAGCCUUGCUCCCUUUUUCAACAACAGCUUCUUCCACUUCUUCUUCACCACGCAAACCAAAUACACUAUCGUCUCUCACACUCACUUCUCGCUGGUUGCCAUAGCCUCGCUGCUUCUCGGUUCUGCAUUUCAGCGCCUUCGUCUACUUCCAGAGCAACUGCUUCAACUGAAGGGCUCGGACGCUGUCUUCGACCUGGCAGACGAACUUCCCUCACCUACACCCGUCUCAGCUGGACCCGGCCUCCCUGUUCCCUCUUCGAGCUCCGACGGCAUUCUAAGGACAGACGCCGCUCAGCAGAGUCAAUCUCCCCCAGGACAGCUUGAUAGUCCCUCUCAGCAACUGACGAGCGCACCCACGGAGGCCGGGCCUCGCCGCAGUCGCCGCCGCCGCCGUCAAGACCUAUCUCCAGAACGGCCAGAGAGCUCCGAGUCAGGACAGGUGAUUAGUACCGGCGGAGCUGAGGAUAGCAGUGAGAUUGCCGCAGCUGCAUCUAGGCGAGAGAACGAAAUUCUCCCCAAUAAACGCCCUCGAUAUACUCUAGACAACAUGAGGCCUGACGGUGGACCUUCUCCGUCCAAUUCAAAUGGCGUUGCGCCGGUUUCGAACGGUGCUUCCAACUCUCUUCAAAAGUCUUCGUUCUCGAACUCCAAACAGUCACAAGCCGGAUACCAGGAUAGUCCCAUAGCCAACGGCUCCUCUGCACUAUCACCCACAUACCUCGGCCAUAGCAGGGAAGAGGUGACGAGGAUAUUAAUACAAAGUCUAUACGAGCUGGGUUACCAUCAGGCUGCGUCUACGCUGACGAGUGAGAGCAGAUAUGAGCUAGAAAGCCCUGGAGUAGCCGCCUUUAGAGCUGCAAUAUUGGAUGGGAAUUGGAACGAGGCAGAGAGAAUACUUCUAAGCUCCUUUUGCCCUGACGGUGACGCAGGCGAGAUGGACGGAGUGAAUGGCAAACAGCUGUCAAAACGAGACGGUCUAUUAAUGUCCACACCUGAGAAUAUUCGGGCUCGAGCUGGCUGGGGCCACUCCAUCAGCGAAUCCAGGCAGCAUCUCCUCUCUGAACUCACCAAGUCUAUCUCCCCUUCCGUCAUGAUACCCGAUCAUCGCUUAGCAGUGCUUCUUGAUCAACCACCAUCCCUGUAUUCGGACCACUUGUGCGACAAAAACGAUUUCCCACUUCGUACAGCGUUCGAGCUCAGCCACCACACCAAUGAAGUUUGGUAUUUGGAGUUCUCCCAUGAUGGAACCAAGCUUGCAACCACAAGCAGAGAUUGCACUGUUCUAAUAUACGACUCUACGACGUUUGAAAUAAUACAUCGACUUACCGAUCACAGUGAACCUGUUGCUUACGCCACAUGGAGUCCGGAUGAUAGCAAGUUAAUCACUUGUUCUCAAGACUUCAAGGCAAAAAUGUGGAAUGUUCAGACCGGAAAUUGCAUUUUAACAAUAGACCACCACCAUGCACCCAUUACUUCCGCUUCAUGGGCACCAGAUGGAGAAUCUUUCGUCACAGGCUCCCUCGAUGGCCAAUCGCAACUAUGCCAUUGGAGUGUCCAUGGCGAGGCUUUAUAUACCUGGCCUGGACAAUACCGAGUCCGCGACUGUGCAAUAACGCCCGACGGCCGACGAUUGAUAGCAAUAUCCCUGCAGAAGAAGAUAUAUGUCUACAACUUCAUAACGCGCGAAGAGGAAUACAGCGUUCUUCUAAAACUCGAUCUCACUUGUCUUAGUAUCAGCGCUGAUUCACGAUAUAUGCUCGUGAAUAUGUCCGAAAACGAAGUUCAGUUACUAGACAUCGACACGGCAGACGUUGUUCGGCGAUUUUUGGGCCAAAAGCAAGGAAAUUUCCUUAUUCGCAGUGCAUUUGGUGGAGCGGCUGAGAAUUUCGUUGUCAGUGGUAGUGAAGAUGCAAAAAUCUACAUAUGGCAUAAAGAGAACAGCCAACUUGUUGAAUCUCUUGAAGGCCAUGUUUCCGGCUGCGUUAAUGCGGUAGCUUGGAACCCCACUGAGCCAGGGAUGUUUGCAUCCGCUGGAGAUGAUCGCAAAGUUCGAAUGUAA